AUGCGGUUGUUAAAUCAAGCUGCCUACGCGGCGCUUUUCCUCGCGUCGCUUGCGAUCGCUCACGGAAAUGAUGAAUCAAUGGACAUGGGUAUGGAUAUGGGAACGAGCAUGGAUAUGCACGCAACCACCAGUGCAGCUUCCCCGGCAGCAUCCGUCUCACAGGAUGCCCAAGGCGAAGGUCCCAUGAGCUACUUCGCCUAUGGCAAGCACUCGAGCACCAUCCUGGCGCACAUUGCGCUCAUGAUCCUAGGCUGGUGCUUUGUUCUUCCUGCAGCCGUCAUGCUCAGCAUUGGGCGCUCGCGACUUGCGCUCCCGUCGCAGUUCCUGUUCCUAGUCUUUAAUGCCUUCGGCCUGCUCUUCGGAACUAUCUACAAUAGUCAAACCCCCGAUCUGUACGAGAACAAUGCCCACCACAAAAUUGGCUGGAUUGUGACAUGGGUCAUCAGCGUGCAGGUCAUUCUGGCCUUAAUCUUCGCGUAUGCCGGUCGUGGUGAGUCCAAGCAGUCGCGGUCGGACUCGUUUGAGCGUGCCGCGUUCCUCCCCGUCGCUACGGAUGAGCAUGACUGUCCCUACCCAACUGGAACUGGUGCUAUGCACGAGUACCGCUGGUCCCGCGAUAGUGGCCAGGGCACCGAACCCGGCUCUUCUAUCCACAGCCCUUCAUCGCCGUCUUUUGACUCACAAGCCGAGUAUGAGGGCUUUGAGAAGCCCGACGAGCUUCCUCCGAGGCCUUCCAGCCCGCGUGGCUGGUUCCACAGUUCUAUUAUCGAUCGAUUCCUCUCAAAACGCGUACCCGGAAUAGUCUCGAAUCGUGUCCUGCGUAUUUCCAAUGGAGUCUACAAUGUGAUUGAUCGGAUUAUCCUUCCCUUUGGUUUCAUUGCCAUUGCCACUGGAGCUGUCACUUAUGGUGGUAUCUUCCGAGCUAUUGAGAUCUUCAACGGCUUGGCGCACUUUAUUAAAGGUGGAAUCUUUUUCUGGUACGGUGUUCUUACUCUCGGACGCUUCAUCGGAGCUUGGGCGGACCUAGGCUGGGCAUGGAACAAAAAGCCUCCGGCCUCUGUUGUCGGCUGGAAAGCAAAGGUUCCUUCGGGCGAGUUCGUGGAGUCCUUCGUUAUCUGGUUGUAUGGUGUCACCAAUAUCUUCCUUGAGCACCUGUCCCGUUGGGGUCAAGAGUGGUCUGCGACUGAUAUGGAGCACGUUUCGAUCUCGAUCAUGUUCUUCGGUGGUGGUCUCGUUGGCAUGCUUUUCGAAUCCCAGCGUAUUCGCGAUGCGCUUAAUAACACCCUACUUCGAUCUCCUGCCCAUGGCUCCCACGAUGAGGAAUGGCAACCUCCCAAGUCACAAGGUGUUCCACUCAACCCGAUGCCGGCUCUGGUUAUCCUGCUUCUGGGUAUGAUGAUGGGAUCGCACCACCAGGAGAGCAUGACUUCAACUAUGGUGCACAAGCAGUGGGGUAAUAUGCUAGUCGGAUUCGCGAUUGCUCGCGGAAUGACCUAUGUCUUGUUGUUCUUGCGCCCGCCAACCUCGUACCUUCCGGCUCGCCCUCCCACUGAGAUCGUGGCUGGAUUCUGUCUCAUGUCUGGUGGGCUCAUCUUCAUGCUGAGUACCCGCCAAGUUAUCGAAGCUAUGGAGUUCUACGAACUGGACGCCAUGUUCACCUUCACUCUCGGCAUGGGCUUCACAGCCUUCAUCAUGUCCCUGGUAAUCUUGAACAUCGCGAUCAAGGCGUGGGCGGUGAAGCGCGAGCAGCGCCCGCAGCUAAAUGGAAGCUUCCGCUUCCCAUGA